CUCUCGUCUUCAUCCUCUCCCUCUUCCUUUCUUCCCCAUCAACGAAAUCUACCUUGGACUACGAUUUACAUGGAUCAAAUUCGUCGUAAAGAUACCACCAAGGGCCCUCCCCUGAGGAUCCUGUCGCUGGACGGCGGUGGCGUGCGAGGUUACUCCAUGCUUAUCCUCCUCCAGGAGCUCAUGCAUCGGAUCUAUGUCGAAACUGAAGGAAAGCCCCCGCAUCGCGACCAGAUCCCCAAGCCAUGCGACUAUUUCGACCUCAUCGCCGGCACCGGAACGGGCGGCUUGAUCGCUCUCAUGCUGGGGCGCUUACGCCUCGACCUCGAGACCUGCAAGGAUGUCUACGUGCGCAUGACUCGCCGUGUGUUUGAGACCGACAAGACUAUCGCCGGCAUCCCCUUCCGGUCGACCCUGUUCAAGGCCUCGAAGUUGGAAGACGCGAUCCGCGAGUGUGUGCGCGAACAUACCGUUUUCGAGGCCGAGGGUAACGAUCUCUCGUCGAAUAAUCCGACUAGCCCGACAGAUGCCCCGUUCAGUCCGGCGUCCUUUUCUACGGCUUCGAUUCCCCAACGGUCGGGCAGCCGCGCCAGUAUUGGUAGCCAGGGAACAGGCCAUUCUGCGACGAACCGCAACUCGGCUUUUAUUAAUGGUCUGCGCUGGGGCAAUCCAAAUGCGCUUCUAUAUGACAAUAGGGAAACCCGGACAAAAACUGCUGUCACUGCCUUGUACAAGGGAACCCCCAAGAAUGGGGCCGCCGUCCUCCUCCGAUCCUACGAUUCCCGCCGAGAGCCUGCUCCCGAGUUCAACUGUACCAUCUGGCAAGCUGGUCGCGCUACAUCCGCGACUGGCCUGGCUUUCAAACCCAUUCAGAUCGGACAGCACAUGUUCAUCGACGAAGGCCCCGGCACGUACAACCCCUCGCCCCAGAUUCUCGACGAAGCGACCGUCAACGAAUGGCCGGGCCGAGAAGUCGGCGUUUUCAUCAGUGUCGGGACCGGGAAGCGCCCACCAAACACGAACAGUCGCCAGCACGAGUGGUGGGAGGACUUUUUUGGAGACGCUCUCGGAACAUUCGCCGAGGCUCGUCGUCGGCUGAUCUCGAAGAUCGAAGGCUGCGAGGAUAUCCAUCGGGACAUGCUUCGCGAUCAUCUCCCGAAGCGCAACGUGAACAAGGACCACUAUUAUCGGCUGAAUGUGGAAGUUGGCGUGGGGGAGUUCGGCAUGAACGAGUGGAACCGCCUGGCCGACAUCAGCACCAACACCCGCCGCUACCUCACCCGGCCGGACGUGAAGAAGAUGAUCCUCGACGCCAGCGUCAAGUUCGCAAAGAUCGAGCGCAUGCACCGCCGGCUUGCCGCCGCCGCCGCUGCCGCCGGGGGCCCAGGGUUCGACCCCAACUCGAUUCUUUACGAUGACGACCAUUCCUCCUUGGCUCCGAGCCCUCAACUGUCGGCCGUGACGCCGGCGGGACCACCUCCACCGCCGCACCCGAUCGCCUUCGAACUGCCUGCCGAGCUACCGGGCGACUUUUUCCCACUCCAGUAUCCCUCGGAAGACCAGAUCACGCGCCCAUCCUCUGGCCGAGCAUCCGGCAGCGACCUCGUCUCGCCAGAGCACAGUCGGCCGCCAUCCCAGGCAUACGGGUCGCCGCCUCUUCUGAGCGUCGAGCAGGGCUAUGAUCCCGGCCGUCUGACGAACCUCGCCCCGCCCGUCCCUCCCAAGACACCGAUGCCAUAUCCGGACCCGGUCGAGUUACCGGGGAUUCCCAUGCCGAUGCCAUCAAUGGGGGGGGGAAGUCACCCCCCGAUCGCGUCGACCGCUCGACCGCCGUAUCCGAUUGACGAGGCACCGGUGGUGAACAAGCAGCGGAAACCGAGUUAUCAUGUGCGAUGAAUUUUUUUUUUUUUUUUUUCUAUCAUUAUUGGCGUUGCAUGUAUAUAUAUAUAUACCCUUAGAGUAAUGGAUUAUGACUGUUUACUUAUCGAUGGACUACGUAUGUAGAUGUAGAUAUAUACUCUUCAGUCGUAGUCGUAGUCGUAGUCGUAGUAUAAAGUACCAACUGUAGUUUUUGCCAUAGUUCACCGAACCCGCCACGCAUAUGCACCACGGGUUGUUGCAGCUGAAACGGCACCAAUCUUAGUAUAUAUAACUAUAUACUCAUAUAUUAUAUACUCAUAUAAUAUACUCAUAUAAUAAUUAUAUGAGUAUCAGAGUCAUUUCCAU